AGAACAAAAUAAAAACAAUCGCGCUCCCUUCAAACCAGCUCAGUUCCGCGGCGGAGUUAAAGCCGUUUUAAACGCGAGUUUGUUUAAUUCAAAAUUGAUUACCUGUGUUGGUGGUGGGCAUCGAAUUGAUUAGCCAAUGAGUGUAACUUUCUAAUUGCCGAGUUUAAUUUCGGUGCAGAUUAGUCAACUUAUUUUUCGAAAGAACGCAAAAGAUUGCUUUUCUUUCUUUGUGACGUUUGGUUUGUUUUGUUUUGAUCGUGUGACAUCGCAAUUUUUCGUCGUGCUGCAGCAGCUUCGCUGCUGGCGGAGUGAAAUUUCCAUUUAUUGAGGAAAAAAGACCUCAAACCGGAAGCUAAACCAGUUACGGAUCAAUCAGCCUUGAUUCGCAUCAAUUUGAGAAUUUCCAAAGAAGAAUGUUUAGCUAAAUUGGACACCCGGUCAAAAGUGCGCACCACGAGUUUUGGGUGCAAAACAAAAAAAAAACUUUCUCAAAGAAGAACUAAUAAUUCAGUGAGUUUGAAAAAGGAUGAACAUCUCCACCGCCUUCAUGGACGAAGCGAUGGUGUUCCUGUACCGGGAGGUGGUGGACGCGUACCUGCCCGACUGCAUCAAAUCGCUCGAGUACACGCCGUGGGUGUUUUCGCUGCUCGGAUCGGCCCUGAUCGGGCUGAGCGGGAUACUGCCGCUGUUGGUCAUUCCCGCGGCCACCGGUGGAUCCGCCGGUGAUGGGAAGGAGUUUAACGAUCCCGCCGAAUCCAAAACGCUCAAAGUAUUGCUCAGCUUCGCCGUCGGAGGUCUCCUGGGGGACGUGUUUCUGCAUCUACUUCCGGAAGCUUGGAGUGGGGACGUCAGCCGGGGUGGUGAAGAUGGCCACCCGGCGAUGCGCAGCGGUCUGUGGGUCCUCGGCGGAGUGCUGAUUUUCACCAUCGUGGAGAAGAUCUUCUCCGGCUAUACGAACGCGGACGAGAACAAUCCGCAGCCAAAGUGUAUCGAAAUUACGAGCUGCUUGCUGCGCCAGACUGGGGGUAAACUGCCGGAGGGUUUCGUGGGCUGUGGCCAGGGUGGUGGAGCUUGUGACAUUGAGGACGUUCCGAAUGGGUGCUUCCUGGCGGGGAAGGAAAAGGAGGAGAAGAAGGAAGGUGGCGGUGGGAAGAAAGUGGCCGGUUAUUUGAACCUGCUCGCGAACUCGAUUGACAACUUUACCCACGGGUUGGCGGUGGCGGGGUCGUUUCUGGUGUCGUUCCGGCACGGCGUGCUGGCCACGUUUGCGAUUUUGUUGCACGAAAUUCCCCACGAGGUGGGCGACUUUGCCAUCCUGCUGCGGUCCGGCUUCAGCCGGUGGGACGCGGCCAAGGCACAACUGCUCACAGCCGGAGCCGGCCUUCUGGGGGCGCUGGUUGCCAUCGGCGGUUCCGGCGCCACAACCGCCAUGGAAGCGCGCACCUCUUGGAUCAUGCCCUUCACGGCCGGUGGCUUCCUGCACAUUGCCCUGGUGACGGUGCUGCCGGACUUGCUGCAAGAGGAGGACCCACGGGAAUCGAUCAAGCAGUUUCUCGCGCUGAUGGCCGGCAUCGGAGUGAUGGCCUUUAUGACGGUGUAUUUGGAGCAUUAGAAGGUUGCGUCAAAUCUCAGAAGCUAGGAACCGGUUCUUCUUCGGCGGUAGUCCCACCUUUUUUUAUUUGUGCGGAGCCUAGUCCCCUCCUCGUGUUGCAUGCCAUAAAUAAGGGAAAACACAAAUUUAUCCUAAACAAAAUCAAAUUACUAAGUGUAGGUAAACAAAACAAA